CAAAAAUCAGUUUCCUUAAAGAUGUGUGUGUGUUUCUGUUUGUGUGUGUGCAUGCAUCAAUGUUAAGUCUGAAUGCAAAAUUAAGGAUAAAUGAACAUUAAGGUCAGAUGUUUUUUACAAAAACAUAGCUCUCUGUGACAUGAUGAUUUUAAAAAUACUUUGUCAUGUGAAGAAAGUAAGAGAAGAUGGCUUUUGAAGAAUGCCAGUGCUAACGUAGAAACAGAAGGUCCUUUUCUAUAUUUCUACUUUUAUUGAAAGCAGCAUUCAGGUUUGGGCUGCUCCUGAGUUGGAAAACUUGUGUAUAGUUCAUAUUAUUUAGGUUUGGCUGAUUGGAGCAGGGGAGCAAGAAUGAAGUAAUCCAUUUUUCAAAGCCAGAAAUGGUGCAGCAGACACCAAAUACCUACCAACAGGCAAUGAAUGACCCCAGACACGGGACCAGGGACUGUACAUUUCUGUCCUCUAAGAGCUCUGUGCUCCCUCAAAAAACAUUUCAAAUACAUCUGACCAAGUCUGGCCCAGCCACUUUUUUAACUUUAAUUGCUCCUUUCUCACUUGCUCAUUAUUUGAGAGGUAGGAUGUGGACUAAAGAGUUAUUUCAAUCCUGGCUCCAGGCUCUCAACUAACAAACAUUUGGUGUUUAAGAACUUCAAUACCCAAUCUUACCUUAGACCUGAAAAUUUCAAGUAGAGGAAAUAAUAGUAUAUGUUGUGGAAACUGUAAUCAUGAUAACAAUUGGGGGAAAGUUAGUUCUUUUUAGCACCACUAUUACUACUACUGAUAAUAAUAGCCACCACAAUAAUGAUGAUGUUGGUGGUAAUAGUGAUGAUAAUGAUGAUAAAGAAGAAAAAGAUUUCUUAUCAGACAGUUCCAAAAUCCUUUUGUUAUUUCUCUGGAUGUAGCCCUGCCAACAGACAUCAAAUAAGAUCAGUGCCUUUUUAAAUUAUGAUAGAGAGCUGCUAGGUGACAAAAGACCAUCUCCCUUGGUGCCAGCGAAUUUCUAACUAUGAGCAUGCUCAGAAACAUGGGAGGCAGCCCUGGAGUUUACUACAUCAGGGCUGCUUUCUGAGAUAUAAGGAGCGUAAGUAUAAUAACUCAACUGGUAUACCCUAUUGCUGUUAGUCAGUUACUAUCCCUCUCUUCAGUUUACAAUCUACUGCAAUGUUAUUUCUGCUCCGUUUGGUCAUCUUGUUAGAUGUCAAAGAUUUCAUACUAACCCAAGACAGCUCAGUUAGUCCUUCAUGCCAAAAGGGAUUUUUUCCUUGUGGAAACCUUACAAAAUGCUUGCCUCGGGCUUUUCAUUGUGAUGGUGUGAAUGACUGUGGAAAUGGAGCUGAUGAAGAAAACUGUGGAGACAAUAGCGGAUGGGCCAGUAUCUUUGACACAAUUCAUGGAAAUCCUAACAAUAUGGAUUUAUCACAGGAAUGCUAUUUACAGCAAUAUCCACAAUGUUGUGCCUGCAAAGAGACUGAACUAGAAUGUAUUAAUGUAAAUUUAAAAUCUGUGCCACUAGUUUCCAGCAAUGUAACCUUAUUGUCUCUUAAGAAAAAUAAAAUACAUAUUCUUCCAGAUGAAGUUUUUACCCAAUACACAGAAGUGAAAAAGAUAUUCCUACAGUAUAACUGUAUUAAAUAUAUAUCCAGGAAAGCUUUUAUUGGAUUGCACAAACUUCAAAUGCUGUAUCUCAGUCACAAUUGUAUUACCAGUCUCAGACCUGGAGUAUUUAAAGAUUUACAUGAGUUAUCAUGGCUAAUUUUAGAUGACAACCCAAUAACCAGAAUUUCACAGCAAUUAUUUACUGGAUUAAAUUCUUUGUUUUUCUUGUCUAUGAUCAACAAUCACUUGGAAGCCCUCCCCAAAGAGAUGUGCAAACACAUGCCUCAUCUUAAUUGGGUGGAUUUGGAAGGCAAUCAGAUUAAGUCCCUAAUGAAUUCCACCUUUCUGGCUUGUGAUGAGCUCACAGUGCUGUUUCUUCCUAGAAAUCAAAUUGAUUUUGUUCCAGACAAGACCUUUUCCUCAUUAAAAAAUUUAGGAGAAUUGGAUUUGUCUAACAACAUGAUCAUGGACUUACCCCACCAUAUUUUUAAAGACCUAAAACAUCUACAAAAAUUGAAUCUCUCCUACAAUCCACUAUCUUACCUUGAUGAAAACCACUUUAAAAGUCUGAAAUACCUUCAAUCUCUGGACCUGGAAAAGAUAGAGAUUCCAAAUAUAAACACAAGAAUGUUUCAACACAUGAGGAACCUUUCUUACAUUUAUUUCAAAAAUUUUCGGUAUUGCUCCUAUGCUCCCCAUGUGAGAAUAUGUAUACCUUUGACGGAUGGCAUUUCUUCAUUUGAGGACCUCUUAGCUAACAACAUCUUGAGGAUAUUUGUUUGGGUUAUAGCUUUCAUUACAUGCUUUGGGAAUCUUUUUGUCAUUUGCAUGAGAACCUUCAUCAGAGCUGAAAACAAGACCCAUGCGAUGUCCAUCAAAAUCCUAUGCUGUGCUGAUUGUCUAAUGGGAGUUUACUUGUUUUUUGUUGGAUUCUUUGACAUAAAAUAUAGGGGACAAUACCAGAAGUAUGCUCUGUUGUGGAUGGAAAGUUUACAGUGCCGUCUCAUGGGGUUUCUAGCCAUGUUAUCCACCGAGGUCUCUGUCUUGCUACUGACAUACUUGACUUUAGAGAAGUAUGUAGUCAUCGUCUUUCCCUUCAGCAAUAUUCGUCCAGGAAAACACCAGACAUUAAUCAUCCUUGUCUGCAUCUGGAUUGCUGGAUUCUUAAUAGCCAUUAUUCCAUUUUGGAGUGAGGAAUUUUUUGGAAACUUCUAUGGAAAAAAUGGAGUGUGUUUCCCACUCUAUGACCAAACAGAAGAUUUUAGAAGCAAAGGGUAUUCUCUUGGCAUUUUUCUAGGUGUGAACUUGCUGGCUUUCCUCAUCAUAGUGUUUUCCUAUAUCAGCAUGUUCUGUUCGAUUCAAAAAACAGCCCUGCAGACAUCAGACAUGAGGAUUCCCAUUAGAAGGGAUGUAGCUUUGGCCAAUCGCUUCUUCUUUAUCGUGUUCUCUGAUGCCAUCUGCUGGAUUCCUGUGUUUGUAAUAAAAACUCUUUCCCUGUUCCAGGUGGAAAUACCAGACACAAUCACUUCUUGGAUUGUAAUAUUUUUCCUACCAAUAAACAGUGCUCUGAACCCCAUCCUCUAUACACUCACAACCAGUUUCUUUAAGGACAAAUUGAAGCAACUGCUACACAAACAUCGGAGAAGGUCAAUUUUCAAAAGUGAAAAGAAAAGUUUAUCAACUUCCAUUGUUUGGACAGAUGACUCCUCUUCCCUGAAACUUGGAAUGUUAAACAAGAUAAUUCUAGGGGACAGUGUUACAAAACCAACUUACCUGUGAUGGCUUUUGAUCUAAGACCACUGAGAGUCAGUAUAGACUCUUUACGGAUUGGAUGCCAUUCCAAGAAGAUGACUUCAGAAAUACUGUUCAUCUUUACCAGCAGCAAACCUAACUGCAAGAAGGACCCUAUUGUGUGACUCUUUAGCAUUUCUGUACCAAGCUUUCUGGUUAUUGUUUGUGUUAAAAAUCAUACUUUUCUUUCAUUGUCUCCCUAUAAGAGGAGGCAGAUAUUAUCAUGGUAUGGUAGAUAGGACACUGGACAUGGAGCCAAGAAGAAGUGGGUUUACAUCUCACCUCAGGUACCUAUAAGUCGUGUGAUAUCAGCCUAGUCACAUGACCUCUCUAAACCAAUACAUGAGAAAUAGGCAAUUAAUAUUUCCCUGCUCUCAACUAAUAAUUGAUUUCCUUUCACUCUGGAAAUAUGUGGGUUAUCUCUAAAAGAACAUUUAAUAUAAUACAUUUCUAAAUGUAUAAAAAUACACUUAAAAUCAACUAGCAAGAAAAUGAUUAUCCAUUGAUAAAAUAAAACUAUAGCAUCAAGCUUGUGACAGAUUUCUAUAUUUCCCAAUUCUUUUUCUAGCUGUUGCCCAGCAAUAUGCUCCAAUUCUGUGUUCUGUGGUGACAAAUUUUAUUCUUGUGGGUUUACUGUUUUCUCUUGUUAAUCUGUUGACAUAGAAACCAUUCCCUCUAUGGUGGUAUCUUUUGGGAAUGACUUUAAUACAGAUCCACUUUCCCCUGUAUCACUGAGAUUUUUGUAAUUCUUUUCUCCCACUUCUGUCCCAAGAUAUGGCUCUGGAGUCUCUUAUAAAUUAGCUAUUAUGGUAAAUUAGCUAUUUGCAUGCACAGGUUUUCUUGCCCCUUGCAUUUUCUUGCCCCAUGUUUGUAAUGAACAUGCAUAACUAGUAGAUGUUUCAGCUUUUGCAGAUGUUAUAGUGUAAUCUACCAUUCCCUAUUUAGUUAUUCCACCCUCAUUCAAUACACUAUUACUAACUAGCUCUGUAUCACUUUGGACCACUGCUGUCUGUGAGCUAACAGCUUGCUCAGAGGAAAGGUUUGUGUUUGUGUUCAUUUCAGUUUGAGAACUGCUUGGAUGAUGUUUCACUAUCAAAGACUCUUGUGUUCCCACUCCCUUAACUUGUUCUUAAGCCUCUGGUUCAGGGAAUAGACAGUCAUUGGAAGUUUGAUAUUGAUCUGUGCUAAAUCCAUCCCCAGGACUGGUAUCUUUGAGUGUUAUAAGAUUUUUUAUAUUAUCUCAUGGGUAAAAGUCUUUUGCUUUGGAUUUUAAGGUAGUUCUCCCCUCAUUUCUUUUUCUUCCCCCCCCCCCUAUAUGUACAAAUGUAUCCAUUUCAAGAUCAUUUGCAAAAAUGUAUCAUUUGGCUGCUUUGUCAGAAUGAUCUGGUUACUUAAAAUUGCUGUUUUAAAGAUUUGCUAUCCCUGUUUGAUUUUCCACUCCCUAGACCCAUUCUGCAAGCUACGAAACUUUCCAAAAAGGUUUUAAUCUGUUCCUUGCUUUUCUCCCUGCAGUUUUGUGUGCUCAUGUAUUGUGAACCAUAAAUGUUAUGCUUCAUGUCUGCUUCUAGGUGUUUAAUUUCUCUCUCCAACUCAAUUAUAGAUUUCUGUUUUGUACUUAGAUUGCUUCCCUUGGCAUCUUGCCCAACUAUCUGUUUCUCCACCACUAAAAUUUUUAACAUUUUCUUUUUCCUUUCUACCAUCUCCC